GCCAUCGUGCACGCACUCCAGCGUCGAGUCACCUUCACGGUUCUCAGACUAGCACGACCACGCUAUGGGGCAAAGAUCCUCUGACUUGAACGAUGCUGGCCGACAUAGCGGGCAAAUGCCUGUGACACAGGACUUUGAAAAUGAGGACAAACAACUAUUUGAACCACCGCGCCAGGUGAACAUCGGCGGCGGGAACUUCUAUAAUGUUGAGCGCGACCUGCACGUCCAGAUCAACAAUUAUGCGCCGUCCUCUGCGGACGAGCGUGUUGAGCUGGUAUCGAAAUUGCGGGGGCUCUUAGCACCCGGCGUGAACUUCAGGAAGAUCCACGCUGAUGUUCGCAAACAACGGACCAAUGGGACUGGAAGGUGGCUUUUGGAAAGUCGCCUUUAUCGUGAAUGGAAGAAAAGUGCGAAUGGGAUCAUAUGGUGGAUGGCGGGUGCUGGAAAGACUGUACUGGCAUCUACCGUUAUUGAGGACCUUCUCGCACUGGAGUCUGAGCGUACCUGUGUGCUCAUGGUUUAUAGUCGCUAUACAGAGCCGCUGACUGUGAGCGACAUCCUGAAAGCGCUGAUCAAGCAAUGCGUCGAACGACAUCAAGGCGACAGCUGCUAAUGAACGUCUUGAAGCCAGACGAUAUGGAACGCAUCCGAAGCGUGGGGAGCAGGAGCACCGACCAAGUGCGCAUUCUCAUUAGCAUCGACAAGGCCAGCGAGAUAGUGGCACCCUUUGCGUACAAGUUCAUGAAGACGGUUGGACAGGUAGCAUCGUAACACACAAACUGCCGCAUAUAUAUAUUCGAGAACCAAUGUUU